GUUCAAGACAUGGGUGUGCAAUGAUUUGCAUUUGGGGGAUAAAACCCUCAGUUUAGGAGUGGAGAGGGGUAUUAGGAAGCAGAAUGGUUGGGAGAAAGGUACUUCUGCUUUUCCAAGGAUUUCUUCUGCUGGUCUUGUGUAGACCCUCCCUUCAAGGAGGAGUCUUCCUGCCAGCUGGUGGAGGGGGUGGACCUGGAUUAGGUGCUGGUGUAGGUGCAGGAACAGGGCCAGGAACUGGAAUUGGAAUCAGACCUGGAUCCGGCUUUGGAGGUGGUGGUGUAGGUCCUGGGGGACUGGGUGUUGGAGGAAUUGGCCCUGGAGGUUCAGGGGGAGUUGGGCCUGGUGGUUUUGGUACUGGGCCUGGUGGUUAUGGUACUGGUCCUGGGCAAGGAGGUGGAGGGCUGGGUACAGGAGGACUUGGUGCUGGUGGACUAGGCGCUGGAGGCCUUGGAUCAGGGCAAUUUGUCAAACCACCUAAAACAGGAGGAUAUGGAGGUCUAUCAGGCGUUGGACCAGGAGGCAUUGGACCAGGAGGCAUUGGACCUGGUGGCGUUGGACCUGGUGGCGUUAGACCUGGUGGAGUUGGACCUGGUGGCGUAGGACCUGGUGGCGUAGGACCAGGAGGCUUUGGACAAGGAGGCUUUGGACCUGGUGGCAUUGGACCAGGUGGAACAGGGAUUGGACCUGGUUUCGGAACUGCAGGCCUUGGUGCUGGUGGCAAACCUCCCAAACCAGGAUAUGGGGGUCAAGGUAUUCCCAUCACUCUUGGAACUGGAGGUAUUGGGGGUGUUGGAGGCCUUGGACUCAGGCCAGGUGGUACUGGCACUGGAGGCUUAGUACCUGGUGGUGCAGGUCUAGGCACUGGUUUGGGUUCUGGUGGGUUAAGCCCUGCUGGUGUGGGGACUGGUGUUGGAGGCUAUGGCCCUGGUGGAGUCGGGCUUGGAGGAGUAGGAAGAGGUGUGGGUGGAAAGCCCCCCAAAAUAGGUGGUUAUGGCCCAGGAGGUGUUGGACCUGGGGGCGUUGGAUCUGGGGGCGUUGGACCUGGUGGCGUUGGACCUGGUGGCUUUGGACCUGGUGGCUUUGGACCUGGUGGCGUUGGACCUGGUGGCGUUGGACCAGGUGGCUUUGGACCUGGUGGGGUUGGACCUGGUGGCGUUGGACCGGGUGGCGUUGGACCGGGUGGUGUUGGACCUGGAGCAGGAGGCAGAAAACCUGGGAUACCAGGAUAUGGUGGGCCUGGGGGCUUUGGGCCAGGAUUUGGUGGGACUGGAUUUGGAGCAGGUGGUGCAGGAGUUGGUCCAGGUGGGGCAGGAUUUGGACCAAGUGGUGCAGGAGUUGGUCCAGGUGGGGCAGGAUUUGGACCAAGUGGUGCAGGAGUUGGUCCAGGUGGGGCAGGAUUUGGACCAGGUGGGGCAGGAGUUGGACCUGGAGGCACUGGAACUGGGCUUGGUGGAACAGGUGUUGGACCAGGUGGAGCACCAUUUCUCCCUCAAACUGGAAUACCGGGUCCUGGAACUGGGGUAGGAACUGGGGGCAAAGUCGGAAAGCCUGGAAAGGCACCAGUACCAGGCAUUGGGAUACCUGGGCUAUACCAAGGAGGUAUAGUUCCUGAUCAAGGUUUUGGUGGUAGAGGUGUUUUGCCAGGUGUAGCUACUGGAUCUCAAACUGGUCAGGUUGGUCAAGAUGCACUCGGAGCCAACGGAGUCCGUGGAGGCUUUGGUCAACAAUUACCAGGCGUGUUCCGGGGAUAUCCACUCAUAUCACCAAAGUCUGGAGGUGCUGCAAAGUCUCAGGCCAAAGCUGCCAAGUAUGGGGCUGGUGGUGUGUCUGGACUAGGUGGUGGACUUGGUACAGGAGGUGUACCAGGUGCUGGUGGCAUACCUGGUGCUGGCGGCGUACCUGGACUAGGUGGCGUACCUGGUGCUGGUGGUGUACCUGGUGCUGGCGGCAUACCUGGUGCUGGCGGCGUACCUGGUGCUGGCGGCGUACCUGGAGUAGGUGGCUUUCCAGGUGCAGGUGGCUUUCCAGGUGCAGGUGGCGUUCCAGGUGCAGGUGGCGUUCCAGGUGCAGGUGGCGUUCCAGGUGCAGGUGGCGUUCCAGGUGCAGGUGGCGUUCCAGGCUCUGGCUUCAUUCCUGGAGCUGGUGGUGCCUAUCCUGGUGGAGCUGCGGCAAAAGCUCGUAAAUAUGCUUCAGGGAUAGGAACUGGAGCUGGGGGACUUCCUGGUUCUGGUUUAGGAAUGGGUGGUCUUGGAGCUGGAGGACUUCCUGGUUCUGGAGUGGGUGGGUUUGGAGCUGGAGGACUUCCUGGUUCUGGAGUGGGUGGGUUUGGAGCUGGAGGACUUCCUGGUUCUGGAGUGGGUGGUGUUGGAGCUGGAGGACUUCCUGGUUCUGGUUUGGGAGUAGGUGGUGUUGGAGCUGGAGGACUUCCUGGAUCUGGAGUGGGUGGUCUUGGUGGACCCUUCGGUUCUGGUUUAGGAACUGGUGGUCUUGGGUCUGGGCCUGGAGUUAGUCCUGAAGGAUAUGCUGCAGCAAAAGCCAGAAAAUAUGCUCAGCUUGGAAGAUCUGGCGGGGCUUUGGGUACUGGAGGCCUGCCAGGUGGAGGUGGACUUGGGACUGGUGUACAACCUGGAAGUGGACUUGGUGGUUUUCCUGGUGGAGGUGCUGGAGGACUUCCUGGGGGUGGAGCUGGAGGACUGCCUGGCUUUGGAUAUGGACCAGGAGCUGGUGUGGGACCAGGAGCUGGUGUUGGACCAGGUGCUGGUUUUGGACCAGGUGCUGGUUUUGGACCAGGUGCUGGUGUUGGACCAGGUGCUGGUGUGGGACCAGGUGCUGGUGUGGGACCCGGUGGAGCAGGUUUCGGACCUGGACAAGGAGUCUUUCCAGGUGGUGGCUAUGGACCUGGAGGAUAUGCUGCGGCCAAAGCUCGCAAAUAUGGUGUUCCUGGUGGAGCUGGUGGAACCGGAUUGCCUGUAGGGUUAGGAGGAGCACUUGGUGCUGGAACAGGUGUAGGAGGAACUGGACCUGGAGGAGCACCAGCUGGUGGUUAUGGACCAGGAGGGGCACCAGUCAGUGGUUAUGGACCUGGAGGGGCACCAGUCAGUGGUUAUGGACCAGGAGGGGCACCAGUCAGUGGUUAUGGACCUGGAGGGGCACCAGUCAGUGGUUAUGGACCAGGAGGGGCACCAGUCAGUGGUUAUGGACCAGGAGGUGUGCCUGUUGGUGGUUAUGGGCCAGGAGGUGUACCUGCUGGAGGAUAUGGACCUGGCUCUGGAGCAUAUCCAGGUGGACCCAAGGCCUUAAAAUAUGGUGCUGCUGGCGGUGCAGGUUCUCCAGGAAUUGGUCUGCAGGGUAGGGUGGGAACAGGUCCCGCUGGAGGAGUUGGAGCAGGAGGAGGGCCAGCUGGUGGUUAUGGUGCUGUUGGAACAGGAGGUGGGCUUGUACCUGGCUAUGGGACAGGGGCUGGAGUUCUGCCUGGAGGCAUUGGCACUGUAUAUGGGGGGUUUGGAGGUUAUGGAGGUGGACAAAAACCACCUAAAUAUGGGCAACCCGGGGCUGGAAGUGUGUCAGGUGUGUUAGUACCAGGAACAGGUGGAGCUGGGGCCACAGGCGCUGGAAUUAGACCUGGAACUGGUGGUGUGCUUGGAGGAACACCUAUUCCAGCCAGUUCAGCGUCUACCAGUACAAAUCAAUCUAAAGCUGGAGUUGAUGGCGUGAUCAGCAGCCCUGAUGGUGGAACCAGUGGUCCAGGUGGAACAAAAGCUCCCAAGACUGAAUCUGGAGGAUCAAUAGAAGGAUCAGGUGUUACUGGUGCGCAGACUGAAAUUGAUUUAUUUGAUGGCGUUAAUGGGACAGGAUCACCCAUUUCAGAUAGAACUGCUCCAGGUGGAACAGGAGCACCAGAGGGAGUUGAUGUUAGUGGAACCCUACCACAGGUCACACCAUUAACAUCACCAGGCACUGCAACUUCUAGUGGUCAUGUUGUAGCUGGACGUGGAGAUACUCCAGGCACUAUUGAUGGAGGACCAGGCAGGGUGAGCGGUGGUCCAGGUGGGGUCAGUGGUGGACCAGGAGGAAUUUCCACUGGUCCAGGAGGAGUUGCUGGAGGUCCAGGAGGAGUUGGCGGAGUCAAACCUCCUAAAGCUUAUGGAACAGGAGCUCUUGGUGUUGGAGGUGUUGGUCCAGGUGGAGUAGGAGGAGCUGGACUUCUGCCUGGAGGUGGCGCUCCUUUAUCAGGAGGUGCUGGUCUGUUUCCAGGAGGUGGUGCUCCGCUAUCAGGAGGUGCUGGUCUGUUUCCAGGAGGUGGUGCUCCGCUAUCAGGAGGUGCUGGUCUGUUUCCAGGAGGUGGUGCUCCGCUAACUGGGGGUGCAGGCGCUGGAGCACAGAAACCAGGCAAAAGUUAUGGUGGAUUUGGAAGUUUAGGACCUGGUGGUAUCCAGCCAGGCACUGGCCUCAGGUUUCCAAGUGGGGCUGCAGUGGGCAUCAAACAAGGAAAAGCUUACGGAGGAGCAGGCCAGCUUGGUGGGCUUGGAGGCCCAGGCGGAUAUGGAGCAGGACCUGGUGGAUAUGGUGCUGGUCAGGGUGGUUAUGGUGGUGGACAAGGCGGUCCUGGCUAUGGAGGAGCUGGACAAUUUGGUGGGGCUGGAAGAGGUCCUGGAGGAGUUGGUGCUGGUCAAGGAGUAGGACCAGGAGGAGUUGGAGGACAAGGUGCCAGAUAUCCAGGUGCAGGCAUGGGAGCUGGGAAAACAGGUUAUGGAGGUUUAGGUGGACAAGGAGGUGUGGGAGGUUUUGGAGGAGCGGGUGGAGUCCAAGGAGGUUUAGGGGGAGGUCCUGGAAGCCCCUUAGGAACUGGAGGUCUCAGGUACCAAGCCGGGGCAGGAAUAGGGAAACCUGGUAAACCAGGCAAACCAGGUUAUGGCACAGGUGCUUUGAGUGGUCAAGGCUAUCAGCCAGGUGGUGCUGGGCUUGGAUACGGUACUGGCGUAGGUCCUGGUGGUGCUGGAUACGGUACUGGUGUAGGUCCCGGUGGUGCUGGGCCUGGAUACGGUACUGGUGUAGGUCCCGGUGGUGCUGGGCCUGGAUACGGUACUGGCGUAGGUCCCGGUGGUGCUGGGCCUGGAUACGGUACUGGUGUAGGUCCCGGUGGUGCUGGGCCUGGAUACGGUACUGGUGUAGGUCCCGGUGGUACUGGUCCUGGAUACGGUACUGGUGUAGGUCCCGGUGGUGCUGGUCCUGGAUACGGUACUGGCGUUGGUCCCGGUGGUGCAUAUCAACAACAAUAUCCAGGAAUUGGUGGUGGUGCUGGUGGACCUGGAAGUGGCCAAAUGAAAUCUAAACAAGCGAAAGCAGCCAAAUACGCAGCACUUCAAGGCUUUCUAGGUGCAGGAGGCUCAAGAGGUGGCGCAGGAUGCCCUGGCAAAUACUGCGGAUUGAAGAGGAAGUGAGAUCCCAGCAGUUAGAAAUGACCUCAUGAUCAACAAGCGGUGCUACUGCCUAAUCUCAAAUGCACUUUUUACAGUUAAAAUGUAAUGAUGGUGCGUGACAGAGACUUUGAAAAUACAAUGGUGCGAACUAAACCGGUGUCGUGAACCUCUUUGCACUGUGUAGGAUCUCGUUGCUAUAAAACUGCAUUUCCUUAACAAAAAAAAGCUUUUAAAUAUCUAUGUAUAUUUUUUCAAAUCGGCCAUGCCAGCAUAUUCAAGCAGACCACACGGCUGCAGUUAUGCCCAUUCCUCUUUAACAGCCUUCUCAGUUUCUCAUUCACACUUACUGUAAGUAGCUGAACAUCCAGACACAUGACGUCUAGGGACGUGCCGCUGCUAUUUCAGGAUGAACCGUGACAGUGAAGGCAGCAGUGUCAUAGGCUACGCAUUUGGUCCAUCUUUAUGUAUUUCCCUCUAGUGCUGUACAGUAUGGGGAGCCUUCUCUCUUUAUAAUACUUAGUAACACAUUGUUUGUUUGUAUUAUUUUAACAAUUAUUAAAUUAAAAUUUGUUUUUAAGGAUAUCUAUGCAUUUAACCUAAAUAUUUUUGGGGUUUGUAAGGGAUAUUGUGUUGUGGAUGGUAUUUCUGUGUUAAGUGCAACUAUUCAAAUGUGAUCUGUAUGUAUGAUCAUGGAAAUUCAUCUAGUCGACUGUCUUGCAAGUUUAUUUGUUUCACCAUUGAGCUUCAGUUGGGUGCACUUGUUACUUAAAAUUUUGUGAACUCCAUUCAGUUUACAGAUUUUUUGUAUGACUUGAUUUUGAUUGGGCCUUUUAUGCAUCAAAUGUUUCUAAAAUAAAUUGUGUAAAACCAAA